AUGCAGGCAGGUUUGGGAGGAGUAUUCAGGAGUAGCAACGGGACAUGGGUGGCAGGAUUUCAAAAUAAUACUCACGCUGCCAACGCUCUACAAGCUGAGACACUUGCCAUACAAGAGGGACUGAAGCUAGCCAUGGACCUCAACCUAUUUCCACUACAAAUUGAAUCAUACGCAACAGAAGCAGUGAAACUACUACUUUCGGAAUCAAACGUUUCUAACCCUAUCUUUCUUUAUUACAGGUCAUUCAUUCUCCAAGGGAGGGAAAUGCUCAUUAGACAUAAUUUCCGCCAAGGAAAUGCUACUGCACACCUGUUAGCAAAGGAAGCAAUGAAGCUGCCUAUCCUUGACAAAGCUUAUCGACUAGCAAGUCCACCUUUUUUUUGUAAUGCAACAAUUAAGUAA